GCGGCACCGGUAAAAGGAUGAUCUCCCUCCGAGGCUACACAGUUAGCCAUGGCCUGGAUGCAAGGGCUGAGGAAGAGCAAAUCGCUACAGUAUGGACUCCCGAUGAUGAUAUUAAUAGUUGGUGGGUCAUUUGGGCUCCGUGAAUUUGCACAGAUUCGAUAUGAUAUUCAAAAGAUUCGUGGCAAGAUGGAUCCAGAAUUGGAAAAGAAGCUCAAAAAGCGUAAGGUGACACUGGAAGAAGAAUAUGAGAAAAUUAAAGAAACCUCAUUUGAUGACUGGAAGAACGUUAGAGGGCCCCGUCCAUGGGAAGAGACUGGGUCUGAUCGAGAGAAGAGGCAAUAGCAGUAAAUUUUGCCUAAAAGCCAACAACCUCACUGAUUAACUAGUGGCGCCCUUGAACUGUUUUCUUCCUCCUGUAAGAUGAAUAAGAUGGGUGAAUGAAUAGAAUCAGCUGUUAAGUAUAUGGCUGUGUUUGGCAUGGCCAAAUAGAAGCCUUAUAAAUAAAUAUUUUGAACUUUGCCGUGGCAAUAGAUAUUGCUACACCAGUGAAAUAAAUAUAGCUAAGAACAUGAGUUUUUAUGUUCUUAAUGACUUGAAAGGCAAAAUAUAAAGGUAAGUUGUGUCCCAGUAAUUUAAUUUCAGACACUUACCUUUUUAUUAGAUUUGUGUUAUUAGGACAAAAAUCUGUUCCAUCCAUAUCCAUUUAUAUUUGCAAUUCAUCCUAACUUUUGUAUGCAACUUUACUUAAUAUACAGUAUGUAAUCAAAAUAUGGUUUCUUGGGGAACUGACAUUGAUGUAACUUUUCCUAACAUACUUUGUUCAUGAGAGUCUCUAAAGAUAAAUUGAAUGAUGCUCAAUUCUU